UCAUCUUAUCAUUAACAAAAUCGACAACAAGAUGACCCAUCAAACACUUAUUUUUCUUUUCACAUUAAUUAGCACGGUUUUAUCGGUUGAAGAUCCAAUAAUAGAAUUACCAACCGGACAAAUAUUAGGACGCCAAACAACAACCUCUACUAACACAGCUUACUAUGUCUUUGAAAAAAUACCAUAUGCAACGCCGCCGGUCGGUCCGCUUCGAUUUAAGGCACCGCAACCAGCUCAACCCUGGGAAGGUGUUCUCAAUACGACAUAUUUAGACACAAGUUGCUAUCAGCAACAAGGUGAAUGGCCUUCAGAUUCAGAAGACUGUCUCUUUGUUAAUGUUUACACCCCAGCGCUUCCUGAAGAGGACGAAAAUGCUUCUUUCCCUGUCAUGCUUUUUAUACACGGUGGUGCUUUCACGUCAGGUCGGUCGUUAGAUUACCGUCCCGAUCUUUUAAUAGAAGAUGAAGUUAUCAUAGUUACAAUCAACUACAGAUUAGGUGUUUUUGGAUUUUUAUCCACACAAGACGAAAUCAUACCUGGAAACAACGGAUUAAAAGAUCAACGGCUGGCUAUACAAUGGACACAUGAAAAUAUACACUUGUUUGGUGGAGACCCUGAAAGAAUCACGAUUUUUGGCGAAAGCGCAGGAUCAGUGUCUGUAGGGUUUCAUCUACUAGAUCAAACUUCGCAAGGUUUGUUCAGCGGGGCGAUUUUGGAAAGUGGUUCAUCUUUGUGUCCAUGGGCUAUUCAAAGAGAAGCUAGAAAAAUUGCUUUUGGAACCGCUGCAAUUCGAAAUUCUACCUUUUCAGAUAGCGACGAUUCUGCAGCACUGUUUGAUUAUUUACAGAGUUUAGAUGCGGCAGAUUUGGAUCAAACAGCACAAGAGUAUUUACAAAGUGUGGCCACACUGUUGGACCAGGAUUUGGCUGUAUUAGUUUAUACACCUGUAAUCGAAGUUAAAAAUCCAGAUGCAUUUAUCACGCGAAAAAUGUACGGUUUGUUUAAAGCUGGAAGUUUUUUGCAGGUGCCAAUAAUAAUUGGUAUAAAUUCUGAAGAAUCCUUACUAUUUAACCCAGAUCCAAACGUGGUGCAAAUUGUUCUACAGGAAUUUGACAAUAACUUAGAGUUGAUAGUGCCAAUUGAUAUGCCAAUUACAAAUAGUGAUCAAAAUUUAGAAAUGGCAACAUCAAUUCGUGAUAUUUACACCAACGGCGAACCCUUUGGUGCGAAUUUGGGAGACGGAAUCCGUUAUGCCAGCGACAACGGGUUUAACAGGGGUAUCAUCAAACACGCUGCACUAUCAUCCAGUCUUACUGAUGUUUAUUUUUACCAGUUUUCGUAUGACAGUCUACCUGGAAAUGUUUCAGUUGUUUAUGACGGUGCCGGAAGUGUUGGACAUGCUGAAGAACUUGCUUAUCUUUUCUGUGUAACUAUACUAGGUUGCAGUUUAGAUGAUUUCGUCGAAAAUGACGUGGUUACGUCACAACGACUUAUCAAAUUGUGGACAAAUUUUGCGAAAUAUCGAAAUCCUACACCAGAAGCAUCAGACUUGCUUCAGAAUGUGACUUGGCCCAAAGUGUCUCUUGAAGAUGGCGGAGAGUUUCUAUAUCUUGACAUCAACGUUGAUUUGGAAGUUAGAAGCAACCCUAAGGGAGAGGCUAUGGAGAAAUGGGAUAGUUUAUGUCGGCUAGAUAAAAGAAAUAAAUUACAUCAAAACUAGAUUUGCAGAAUAAUUUUAUCGUAGAAAGUCUGCAUUACAUUUUUGUACUGUCAAACCGUAAGCUGUACUCUAAUAAGAGGGAAACCUGUCAUGAAAUAUUUUACUAGUUUUAUUUCAAACAAUUACCAUUAAAGUAAAUUAACAUCGAAGAAAUACCCAUAAGAUAACGAAACUAACCCUUAAGGACCCUCCAAAUAAGGUCUAUAAUUUUUAUCCAACCAGUCAAAACGAAAUGCAUUAGUCUAAGAAUAUAUUCAUACAAAAUUGUGACCAGAGACGUAAUUCAUGAAAAAAAACCAUAAAAACAGCUUCCGCUACUAUUUCCAGUCAAACGUGUUGCCCAACUUGUUCCUUGAUUGAAAAUUAAAUCUCCACACCAGUUUUUUUAGUGUAUUUCAUUUCUGAGAAAACGGUCGAUUUUUCUUUUAUAGUUUCUAGAGUAUUGUAAGGUGAAAAUAGUAGUG